AUGACUGCUGCGAGGGGAACAAUGGGCUACAUUGCACCCGAGAUCUAUUGUAGAAAUUUUGGAACAGUGUCUUAUAAAUCAGAUGUCUAUAGUUUUGGAAUGUUGGUGCUGGAAAUGGUGGGUGGGAGAAAGAAUGUUGAUCCUGAAAUCGAGAAAACAAGCGAGAUAUAUUUUCCAGAGUGGGUAUAUGGCCAGAUAGUACAAGGUCAUGAUCUAGGAUUGGUGAUGCAGAGGAACGGAGUUGAAGAAGAUAUCGCCAAAAAGCUUGCUAUAAUAGCAUUGUGGUGCAUACAGUGGAAUCCAAUGGAUCGGCCCUCCAUGACAAAAGUGAUUCACAUGCUGAUGGAAAAUUUGGAGAGCUUGGAGAUACCUCCCACGCCUUUCGUCUCCUCCACUGGCCAAAAGAAUGGCGUGUAA